CUCAAACUCACUCGUCUCCAAGUGCGCCGCAAGCCGUUCGGCAGUGUCUACUUCAAGAUAGAAGAUAGCCCACCACAAUCCGUCGUCUUCCUCUCGGCAAUCGAUUUUGGUUUAAACCUGAGCGGAGACCGCUUGUCGAUGACAGCGUAGCCCAAAACAAUGUUACCAACUCGGAGUAGAAUCCUUCUCUCCAGCUUUAGGGCUUCUCUUCCCCGGCUUUCUUCUCCGGUCCAAACCCUCGCCGCCUGCCCGCGGGACGUUCCUCCGCCCGACCCCCUCGCCGACCUCGUACGCUACCACCUCUCAUCCGGCGACACCGACGCCGCCGUCGCCGCCAUCCGCAACUCCGCCGACCUCGGGCCCCCUCCUUCCUCCCCUGCUGCCCUCAACCCGCUCUUCUCCGCCCUCUCACGGACCGGCCAGUUCGCCUCCGCCAUCUCCCUCUUCGACUCCCUCUCCUGGGCGCGCGACGCCGCCGACCUUGUCACCUUCAACAUCCUCAUCCAUUGUGGCUGCCAGUCCCGCCAGUUCGAUCUCGCCCACCAGUUGCUCGGUGAAUUGCGCUCCCGUGGGUACACCCCCGACGUCGUGUCCUUCAACACUUUGAUCAAGGGAUUGUGCGACGAGCACAGGGUUUCAGAUGCUUUUGCAGUCCUCGAUGAGAUGAAGCAGGAAGGCAUCCUGCCGAACAGCUACACGUACUCGAUGCUGAUAGGGCUCGUUACACGGGGUCGCUCGGAUUCAGAGAAAGGCUUGAACUUGAUUCGAGAAAUGCUGCAACUUGGAUUGGAACCUAGCAUAGUGAAUCUUAAUUGCGUUCUUUCGGCAUCCUGUAAGGAGGUCAAGAUUGAUGUGGCAAAAGCUCUUUAUGGUAGGAUGAGUAAAUCUGGAGUUUUGGGAGAUGUCGUCUCCUACACCUGUUUUGUCAAUGCAUUGUGUAAAAAGAAGAUGCUGGCUGAAGCAAAAACUCUUUUUUCUGAGAUGCAGCAGAAGGGAGUAUUUCCAAAUGUUUUCACAUAUAAUGCUAUAAUUCAUGGGCUUUGUGCUAAUUGGUUUUUGAAAGAUGCAGUGGCAAUGAUCGACCAGAUGUUGGUUAAUUGUUUGAGGCCAACUAUAUCCACGUAUACAACCCUCAUGGAUGGGCUCAUUAGAGCUGGGCAAGUCGAAGAGGCUUUAAAAUAUUUGGAUGUGAUGAAAGGACAUGGUUCAGGCCCGGACAAGUACAUCUAUGGUACUUUGCUCAAUGGCUUGUGUCAUAAAGGGAGAGUGGAGGAGGCAAUGAAACUCUUCCGUCUAAUGGAAUCUGAUGGACUGGCUGAUGUUGCUGCUUACAACAUGUUGAUUGGUGGAUUUUGCCGUGUUGGAAUGAUGGAAGAAGCCGUGAAACUUUUCCUAGAGGUUACUGAAAAUGGGUUGGAGUGUGAUGUUAUCAUGUGCACCACCUUGAUCCAUGGCUUCUGCAAGAAUGGAAAAGUUGAAGCUGCACAAGAGAUGGUUAGCCAUAUGGAGAGGAAUGAUCUCAAGCCUGAUGCCAUCACAUAUAUGGCAUUGAUUGAGGGGCUAUGCAAAACAGAAAAUUAUGAUGGUGUGGAGCAGCUAUUAGACUCUGUGGAAAAGAUUGGCAUUGAGCCAAAUUCAGUUGCCUAUAAAGGUUUAGUACGUCGGUUGUGUAUAUCAGGGCACUCUGAUCGGGCUGUCUAUUUGCUAGAAAUGAUGAAACAAAGAGGACAGCAACUUAGUCCUGAAACUUGUAAGGCACUUUUAGAUGAAAUCAAUGGGGCGAAGAAACUUCAAAAUACUGAGAAUCUGCAAUGCCAAAUGGAAGAAAUUGGUUAGAACCUGCUGGUGUGACCUUUCAUGUAUACACAGUAAUUAUUUUGAAGACAUGCAAUCCUAGGAAGCCAAGGAUGAUUUAAGGACCCUACAUGAUAUCUUAGAUCAAGGAGCUAUUUUUUUUGCACUGUUUAAUCUUUACAAAUAACUUAUCUGCUCUACAAGUUGCUCUCCAUACAUGUUAUCCAAGUAGGGCGAAAAAUCAAGAUUCUAGGCUACAAAUGCAUUUGUUGUACUGUUUCCGAGAGAGGAAUUGACACUGACACUACAAUACAAGGGUGAAGCGAGAGGAAUUGACCCUUUCUUGUGGGGGUAAGCAAACGUGCAGGAUCAAGCAAGUAGGAAGAUUUGGCAAGCACAGAGGAGACUUGACUGAUCUGGUCACCGUGAAUUGAUUUGCAGCUGAAGCGCGAACUCUUAAUCCUGCUUAUCAGAAACAUGAUAUUUUGUUUUUUGUACGGAGAGCGCAUCCCAUAUUUUUGAUAAUAGGCGAAUCAAUGUACUCCAGGGACCGUGAUUUACUAUAUUGGAUCAUGGGAUGUCAAAAGGAGGAGAGUGAGAAAAAGGAUUUUGAUCACUUUGAUAAAUCCUGAAUAGGAUGUCAGUAGCAUCUAGAUGUGUCCUCAAUAGGAUGUCACUCAAAUUAAGUUGACUACAAAGGUUUACUACAUUGGUUGUGUAUGUCAGGGCUCUCGGAUUGGGCUGCCUAUUUGCUGAAGAUGAUGAGACAGAGGUCAGCAACUCAGUCCUGAAACUUGUAAAACACUUUUAGAUUAAAUCAAUGGGGUGAAGAAACUUCAAGAUACUGAGAAUCUGCAAUGCCAAAUCGGAGAACUUGGGUAGAACCUUUGGUAUUACCUUUUAUGCAGUCUCAGUAAUUAUAUUGUAGACAUGCAAUCUUAGGAAGCCAAGGAUGAUUUAAGAAGGAUGCUACAUGAUAUCUUAAAGCAGUGAUCAAGGAUUUUUGUGUUCUGUUUAACCUUUGCAAGACUUGCUUGAGAUCUGCUCUACAAGUUUCUCUCAAUUCAUGUUAUCUAAGUAGAUUUGAUUAUUUUGAGAAGUCCUGAACAGAAUGUCACCUGCAUCUAGAGGAAAGGAUUGAAACUAUGAUUCACUCUCUACAUCAGGACUCU